AUGGAACCUACGCUUGAAACAGCUCUGCAAGCAAUUGAUGCGCUAUACGUAAAUCCGGAAAACUCUGUUAAAGAAGGAGCUUCUAAAUGGCUCUGUGAAUUUCAAAAAUCGGUUUACGCUUGGGAAAUUGCCGAUAAAUUACUUUAUCUAAAUCGAGAUUUGAAUUCAAGCUAUUUUGGUGCACAAACUAUUCGUAUUAAGAUUCAAAUGUACUUUACGGAACUGCCCCCAAAUUCACAUGAAGGGUUGAAAGAUUCUCUAUUGAACCAUGUUAAAAAAAUAACAAAGGAAACGCCAAAAUCUAUUGCGAAUCAGCUUUGUUUAGCUCUUGCCGAUUUAUACUGCCAAAUGGUUCAUUGGAAAAAUGCGAUCACAGAUAUUAUUAAUGGAUUAUCAUCAAAUGACGUUUCAUCAUUAUAUUUACUCGAUAUAUUGAGGUUCAUUGCGGAAGAAAUGAACUCAAAAACUCUGCGUCUUGGGUUAAAUCGAAGGCAUGCUUUAAAGUCUGAUCUGGAGCAGCACAAACGUCUCGUUUCAGAUUUCUUGGUCUUUAAAAUGAAGAAUGCGGAUCCCCAAAUUCUUUCAAAAAUUUUCAAGUGCCUUUCCUCAUGGUGGGAUCAUACUGGAAUUAUGACUGAAUCUGAUAUUCGAACUGAACUCCUAGAGGGUGCCUUUUAUGUCCUUCAAAAUUCCGAUUCUUGUCCUGAAGAAACUUGUGAAGACGCUAGCGACUGGAUUGUUAGCCUAGUUACUUUUUGUCCAACCAUAAGCGGCUAUCACACUGAAAUGCUUAGCGUUCUUCAGGUCAAUAUUUACGCUCUCCAAGGAGUCUUCCAGAGAUGCUGUGCUCAAGCUGCCAAGACCUUGGAUGAGUCCGUUGCUGAAGGAUUCGUAAAACGCGCCUCUCUUAUUGUGGUCAUCUUUGCUGAGUUGACAAACACAGUGCGUAAUGCUUUAAUAAAAAAGCCUGGUGCCCCUGGCUCGGGGGGACCCGGUGAUUUACAAACUCUGGAUUGCCUCAUCUCUGUCCUAGAAGCUCCUCCCCCUGUUUGUUGCAUCAAAAAUGUACUUCAAACAUUCCAAGCUCUGGAUUCUCUUGCAGAAAAUGCGGUUGAAAGCGGUUAUCAUCCUAAUGCUCGACAUAAGAGAAUUUCUGGUGAUGGCCCUGCUGCUGAAGAUAUGAAUCCACGGAUCCUACUCAAUUCCUACUAUACUCGUGUAGUAUCUGUCCUCACUCGACUCUGUGUCAACUACUCAGAUGAUCUAGAAACAGCUGAUGAAGUUCGGGAAUUUCGAGAGGACGUUUACACCAUAAUGAUCAGUAUUGUGGAUUUGGUCGGUGCUGAUGUCAUUUUCAAUGAGCUCUUCAAUCGAAUUAUGCAGUUGCAGGAAAUGAACAGCACAGGCAACUCCGCAAACUUGUUUCAUGAAGCCGAAGCUUGUCUUUUUAUGAUGACCACGAUUGCAAAGCGCCUCUCCUCCUACGAUCUCGAGGGUCGUAUUGCUACCCUCAUCAACUCUUUCGUUCUUCCCGGUCUAGCUUCUAAACCAUCGCCUUCAAUGCAAGAGGUUGUGUGUAUUCUCUUCAAUGAACUCGCCGCGUGGAUCGUUCUUCAUCCUGAAAUUCGGCGGGAGAUUGUUGAACAGCUCAUUCGAAUAAUUGAGGGUGCGGCUAACCUGACCCAGUCUAAUUUCGAUAAGCAGGUCGUUUGUGAAGCUCUUGUGGCACUGGGAAAGCUUUGUCAGUCCUGUCGAGGUCGAAGAACUUUUUCCGAUAAGGAUCCCAUUCCUUGUGAUGGCCUCAUCGACGAACAAUGGAAUGACUUAAUUUUUCGAGUGACCUAUUCCAUUCCACGUUUUGCUCGUGUUCCCAGCACUGAGACGCAGUCAUUCUACGAAGGAGUCGCUCGAUCUCUAAUGGCCUCCAUCGCAUAUCUACCCAAAGACGGUAUCGAUCCUAGACCCGCUAGAUUGGCACUUCCUGAACGUCUUGCCCAACUACUAUCUGCCAAUAUUCAAUGUAUCAACAAACUGAUGGAACAGAACCAGCCAAUCAUACUCAAAGACAAGAAUACUGACCCUGCCAUUUGGUUGGAUCUUAUAGCAGCGGUCUUUCGCACAACGGCUGCAUUACUCUCCCGCCUAGAUGAUGCUUAUAGGAGAAAUAAGGCGAUUAGUCCUUCCCGCAACAGUCAAGGUGAUCAACAAGGGCAAGUUAAAGGCGAUAGUCUAAGCGAAUCUGCUCAGACGUGCUUGAAUGGUUGCUUGAAUGUCUUCGUCUCCAUCGUUUGGCCAGUUCUAUCUAGGUGCCUGGAGAUGUACAGCAGCAAAAAUCAUAUUAUGGAACGAUGUUGUCGGGUUAUUCGAUUCGUUGUAAGAACCUUCUCAAUUAAUCUUCGAGAUGCUCUCCCAGAUAUUGCCAAUAAGCUUGUACAAUCCUAUCAACAAGAUCAACACUCUUGCUUCCUCUACCUCGCUGGAGUUUUAACCGACGUCUUUGGUGAUCUUCCUGAAUGUCGACCCGGUCUUGUCAAUCUCUUUGAGGUUACCUUAGCUCCACCAACGCUGAAUUCACUGUCUGGCUCUUUAGCUGAACAGCCAUAUGUUGUUGAAGACCUUUAUCGCCUCUGUGUCCGUCUUGUUCAACGCUGCGCGACUACUUUCCUCUCAAAUCCCAAUGUAAAUAUAUAUGCCCUCCUAAAUACAGCCCUAGAAUCUCUCACCCUCUUCACCCUCAACCAAAUUUCCGCCGAGUCUGAUGAGGAUAGUGAUGGUGAAAAGGACGGUUCAACCCCGGUUGAUUCCAAAAAGUCAGAUCCUAAGGCCACCCAAUCUGCCACGGGAGCAGUAGCUCAUUUCAUCCAAGAAGUUCUCACUUUCACGGUGGAGACGAGCGAAGACACCCUAUCUGCAAUUCUUUCUGGGCACGAGUUACCUCAACCGGGAAAUGAAUCUGCACUCGCUGCUCGAAGACUCAUGUUUUGGGUGUUGAAACCGGAGAUUUGUGGUGGACAGCGACUCAUUACAACGUGUAUCCAUAGCUGUUGCAAUGGGCUCUCUGAUGACCUCUUCCCGGAUAUUUCUAAUUUGCUGUUGGGUUUGAAGAUGAUGGUUCCUCGUGAUCUAUUUUCCAUCUGGAUGGACCGUACGUUAGAAGGACUUCCUAUUGUUCGAGCUGACGGUCUUGUUCAAGCUACAAAGCAACAACUGACUGAUUUCAAAGAAGGCGUUAUGUCGUAA